AUGUGGACUUCUCUCGCAGUGGGCCUUGCUGCGCUCGUCGCGCCUUCUCAAGCCGGCCUUCGAUUCGGAUGCUCGACUCUCAGUAUCCAACGUCUCGAUCCGAUUGUCCAACCUGGCAUUAAUCCAUCUACACAUGUCCACCAAAUCAUUGGAGGGAACAUGUUCAACGCAUCCGUGGAUCCAACGAUUGAUGUUGGCAACGCAGCUUCUUGCACAACCUGUGUUUUCGCUGAGGAUUUCUCCAACUACUGGACCGCUACCUUGUACUUCAAGCACCGCAACGGCACGUACAAGCGCGUCAAGCAAUAUCCGAAUGCAGAUCUCGUCAACGGUGUUCAAGGUGGAAUGACUGUCUAUUACACCCAGCAGGAUUUCAAUUCCAAUGGCAACCAAAAGAUCACGGCUUUCAAGCCUGGAUUCCGCAUGACCGUUGGUAAGCCGACAACGAACACCAAAGACCAAGCAGUCAAGAACACAGGCAUCCGCUACACGUGCCUUCAAACUAUCAUGACAAGAGGUGCCGAGACUCCCGACUUCCCAACAAAACCAUGUCCUGCAGGCAUCAUGGCCAUCCACCAUUUCCCCGCAUGCUGGGACGGCAAGAACCUCGACAGCGCCGACCAUCAAUCACACAUGUACGACACCGGCAAAGGCGGUUUCCAAGUCGCCGGACCCUGUCCAUCCUCGCACCCUGUCCGCAUGCCUCAGGUUGCCCUCGAGACAAUGUGGAACACCACCGAGUUCAACGACAAGUCGCUCUGGCCCACCGACGGCUCGCAGCCCUUCUACUGGAGCACCGAUGACGAUACGGGAUACUCUAGUCACGCUGAUUACCUGUUCGGCUGGAAGGGCGACUCGCUUCAGAAGGCUAUGGAUUCCUCGUGCAUGUUUGAUGCUUGUGGAAAUGGGAAUCCUCUUAAGACUCAGAAUGCGGCGCAGAUGAAUGCUUGCAAAAUUAAGACUUUUGUUGAUGAGCCGGUUGAUGGAUGGCUUCCUCAACUUCCAGGUGCUCCAUCCUUUAUCAAGGCAUAAUCGAGUCCGGCUUCCGGAGCUUUGUUUCUUAGUCGUUCAAUUCAUACUUUCGUUUCAGAAAGCAAAGAUGGUGGAGAUUAGUUGGCGAGGAUUCUCGUGGUGGAGGAGACUGGGGGUCCAGGAGAUUAGCGAUUGUGAAAGUGGUUUUAUUUCUAUACUCGUUGUAGGAGUG